UGCGGGAUGUCACACACUCACACACAUAUGCCCCUCUCCGAUAAAAGUGUGUGAAACUGCAAAGACACAGACGAAAACUUGGACAAUGAACCUCUUCUGCUUCACUCUGGAUGGCUCUACUGACAGCCUGUACGAACCAGCCCAGAUUGGCCUGAACAGUCAAGACUCAUUACCCAGAAGGCCACCCAGCCCAAACUCUGCGAAGAACAUGGGCGUGUGGAGUGGAUCCGAGCCCUGCAUCGCCAUGAAACUUCCAGAGACUCACACAAGGAAGACUCAGGAAAAUAAGACUUUGGAAAAGGCAAAGAGAAAGUCCCAAAUACUAUCGACAUCUGAAGAUGAGACUACAGAUCAUACCGAAUCGUCCACCAGGAAAAAAGAUGGCUUUGUACACGGCAACUCAGAGACGGUCAAAGAUCACCAGCGGUCAAAACUCACUGUAGAAGGGAUAGAGGAGCGGGCGAAUUCGGAGAAAACUCAGAGAAAUCCUUCGGUCCAGGGUGUGAAUUUUGAAGCCUGGAAUCCCAAUAGAGAAAACUUUGAAGGCAAACAGCAAGACUUGCCCAGGAGGUCAGAGGGCGAGGACGAGACGCAAGGAAAGCUGAAGAAAAUCCAGAAACUGGUAGGAGUGAAAAAUCGGGGUCAAAGUGUCUCAGAGGAGUCCAGGAACAACACAGAGCCUGCUGGUCAUUUGACAGAAUCCAAUGGCAAAGAUCACAGUCCUGUCAUAACCUGCAUCAGUCUGACCAAAAAAGCUGAGAAGAAGCCCACAAGACAACCGCCUCCUUCCCAGCAGCCCCUGCAGGAGAAGAAUGUGGAUACAACGGAAACAGAGGGUUCCUGUUCCUUUCAGGAGUACUGGAGUCCUGUGGCGUAUUCUCCAGCGUGGGACACAUCCACACACACCUGCCACAGGUCAACGGCUGAACAGGUCAUGUAUAACUUCAACUUCACCCUCCCUAGAGACACAGACUGGGAUAAAUACGAGGAGCUCUUUCACCGACUGGACCCCUACAAACGAGACCAGCAAGCCAGAUGGAUCACCCACUCCGUCAUGGACCUGGACACGCCGGACGCCCUGCGAUCCACCAGUUUUGGGAUGUUUGACAGACAGCAGGUCACCCAGGUCAAAGCAGAAGAUAAGGGAGAAAGUUUGGCUGUGGAAGCAGCGGAGGUGGAUCCCAGUAAAUCAGGAGGUCUCGGAAAGAAGAUGAAGAACAUCUCGCUGACCAUGCGUAAAAAAAUGGGCCGGAAAUACACUAAAGCCUUGUCAGAGGAAACGGGCGAGGAGAACGAAGCUGCGGCGGCUGAUGUUGUGGACGGUACGAUGGCCAAAGCCUGCAAACACUCCAGCAACUCGGUGGAGAGUUUGUUCAGUUUGCACAGCGGCCAGAGCUCAUCUAGUGGUGUGACCAGCAGCUCUGAGGGUUAUAGUAACAGGGACAGCCUGCGUUUAGAAGAAGACGUGCCCUAUACAGGACAGUUCUGCGGGAGAGCCAAGGUCCACACCGACUUUGUUCCCAGUCCGUAUGACACAGAGUCUCUCAAACUCAAGGUGGGAGAUGUGAUUGAGAUCAUCAGUAAACCUGCAAUGGGAAUCUGGACUGGGAUGCUGAACGGUAAAGUGGGAAACUUUAAGUUCAUCUACGUUGACGCGCUGGUGGAGGAAAGCGUGCCGGAGCCGAGGAUUCGCUCUCACCGGAGGAGCAGAAGACCUCGACCCAAAACCCUUCAGGAGUUUCUGGAAAGACUCAAUCUGGAGGAGCACAUUUCAUCUCUGCUGUUGAACGGCUAUCAGACGGUGGACGAUCUUCGGGAUUUGAAGGAGCAGCAUCUCUUAGAGCUGAACGUGACCGACCCCGAACACAGACACCUGCUGCUCGCAGCGGCGGAAAGCCUGCAGGACCCUGAAUAUAAUAAUCAGAGCUUGGGAGAGCCGAACGAGGAGCCCAAAUCUCCCUCUGAAGAAGUCAAAGUGGAACUGAACGACUGUCCCAGAGACUCAGGCUGUUACAUCGGAUCGGACUGUUCAGACAACAGUAAAGAGGACACGGAGACCCAAUUGGCCCCUCUCAGCCCACCUGUAACAGAAGCAUAAACCACAGCCGUGCAUAAUGCUUUUUUUUUGCGCUCGCCUGCCGCUGGUUGGUGCAAAAACUCUUACCCGCUGACCACAACCUAUUUUGGCUGGAGGUUUUGAGUGUAAAGAAGCCUUUGUGUUUCAGAUCUGUUGCAUUAAGGAGUUUUGGACCGGGGUUUGCCUCUGAUGACACUCACAUCAUGGACACUGUGAGAGGGAGAUAUUACAGAUAUUAAAGAUGAAACAUGUAAAUAUGCUGUAAAUAUGGUGAGAGAGGUAAAGCUUUGCUCAUGUAAACCAUUUAAACUUUGCCUUGCACAUGUUAGACGAAACAAACUACUGUAAUUACAAAUGCAUUAUUUUAUGCAAUAAAAAGAAUUCUUCAUAUCA